AUGCAUAAAGGGAUGCAGCAGAUGAUGACACGGUUGAAGAAAGUGGAUUGCGUUAUUGAAAUCAGAGAUGCCAGAAUUCCCAUUUCUGGCAAUAAUCCCAAAUUUGCUGGGUUACUUCGAGCCCGUCCCCAUCUCCUCAUCUUAAACAAAGCAGAUCUAUGUGAUAUGAGUCACAAGGAAAGUGUGCUUGAAGAAUUACAUAAAGAUGGUAUCCAAGAAGUUCUCUGGACAAACUGUAAAGAACAAUAUAAGAAAACAGAGCUUUCAGUGUACAAUGUAAUGGUGAUUGGUAUCCCAAAUAUUGGCAAAUCAUCCUUUAUAAAUGCAGUCAGAAGAACUCAUGUACAAAAAGGUAGUGCUACUGCUGUUGGUGCUAAAGCUGGUAUUACUCGAUCUGUUAUUGAGAAAAUCAAGGUUUCAGCCAAUCCCAAAAUAUAUGUGUAUGAUACCCCAGGAGUUUUAGCGCCAGAAGUGAAAAACAUAAGUGUUGGAAUGAAGUUAGCUCUUUGCUCUUGCCUUCAGGAUCAUUUAGUUGGAGAAGAUAUUAUUGUAGACUACAUGUUGUUUUGGUUGAACAGACAUCAAAAAUUUCAGUAUGUAACAGAAUUUGAACUGGAAGAACCCACAGAUGACAUUCUGUUUUUAUUGAACCAUGUUGCUAAGAAAAACAAUAAAUACAUCAAGCAUCGAUCACUUGAUUCUAAUCAAGGUCGCAUAGUUUACAGACCAGAUUUCACUGCUGCAGCCAAUAUAAUUCUGCAAAAAUUUAGAGCAGGAGACUUUGGUCCAGUCAUGUUGGAUGCUAAAAUAAACAACUGA